AGGUUGCAUUGAUGGGCAUUGACAGGCAUCACUGAUGCGCACCGUUAGGCGGCACUGAUGGGUGACAUUGAAAGGCAGCUCAGAUGGGCACUGAUGUGGCACUGAUGAUGGGCACUGGCACGUGGCACUGAUGAGCACUGACUGCUGGCACUGAUGGACACUGACAGGUGGCACUUCUGGGGCCACACUGAUCAUCAGGGCACACUGAUCAUCAGUGCCCUGAUGAUCACUCGAGAGGAGAGAAAUGCCGAUAACCGGCAUUUCCUUGUUUACAUGCGAUCAGCUGUGAUUGGACACAGCUGA